UCGCACAAUCAGGUUGGAAGUACGUGGCGAACGCGAUCAACAAAGCUCGCAGGCGACGACGUCCUCUACAUCGGCUUCGGGACAAGAAGAUCUCCAAGAGCAAGGGCCUUUCGAUGAUCAUCACCGCACCCAAUCUGCCUUAUUCGCGACUGACGCCGAUCACUAAACAGCAGUGGCCCCCAAAGCCUUUCCAAUCCUACAGAAACAGUCUGGAUCGUUUGCGAAAGAGUCGAGGCAAGAACACAGACGAAUGGAUGAGCUUCCUCCGACCAGCAUCGGGGAAGGUGGGCAAGCAAAAGAAGGGUGGCUUUCUUUCUUCCGGCGUAUUCGUGGCCAAGCCAAGGCGAAAGCCGGGCCUGAUCCCGUUCGGUGCGAGUAAGACUGAGCUUCUGUCUUCCAAGCUGGACAGACCGAUGGGUUCGUCGAGUGAGGUGCUCUCCGGAGCAACAGCAAAGGGAAAGGAGGCUAUGAUCCCUUCGCCCAGGAGAAAUCCACCACGAAAGGCACGACCAGACCGCUACAGCACGCUCGGACAGGAAGAGAGUGGGAGCAUGUCAUCGACGCUGGUCGGCUGAGAUAUGUAAAGCAGGUCUAACUUGAGUGGUUGUGGCAUUGGUAUGGUACUUUGAGCUGACUCUUCUCUACUGACGCGUGUCGAGCGAUCGUUGAGUACGAUUGACCUGUUGUUGGUCCGAAUCGAUAGCUGUUGGUCCUUCUGGCGUCUGGACAUUGUUGUUCUGUUUGUUGUGC